UUUCAUACGUUCGCCACUCGCGCAGGUUCAUGCGACACAAACAAACCCUACAGUAAAGAUUCGUCACUAUCCGUCAAGUAAAUUAACUUUUUACGAGAACAGUCUUCGUGAACCCGGAAUGGGCCGCGAAUUGAGACACUACAGGAAGCGGUCGGCCUCCCGGUCGAAGAGUCGCUCCCCGGAGAGACGCUCCAAGAAAGACGAUCGAGACCGAAGCAGGAGAGACCGGUCGCGGAGCCGAGACCGCCGAAGGUCCCGAUCCAGAGACAGAAAAAAACCCAGACGUUCGAGGAGCAGAGAAAGGAGAAGGUCCAGAAGCCGUGACAGAAAGCGUUCCCGGAGCAGAAAUCGCAGGUCUCGAACUGCCAGCCCAGCAAAGAGCAAGAAAAUCGAUGACAAGCCAAAGAGCAAAGAGAAAGACAACCUUCAUCCCGUCUCUGACAACAAAAAGGUUAAAGAAGAGAAAGAAGAUGAGAAGGUUGAGGAUCAAGACUUUGACCAGAACAAACUGGAGGAGGAGAUGAGGAAGAGGAAGGAGCGGGUGGAGAAAUGGAGGGAAGAGCAGAGGAAGAAGGCCAUUGAAAACAUAGGAGAGAUCAAGAGAGAGCUGGAGGAAAUGAAGCAGGGCAAGAAAUGGAGCCUUGAGGAUGAUGAUGACGAUGAUGAGGAGGGCUCAGCUUUGAUGGAGGCAGACGAUGAUGAAGAAGAAGCAGACGGAAAGGAGGAGGGCAAGGAGAAGGACACAAAGGAGGCGAUAAAAGAGGAAGGUGAGAUGGAAAAGGAGACUCCUGUGGAGCAGCAGGCUGAAGAAGACGAGGUUGAUCCUCUGGAUGCCUACAUGGAGGAGGUCAAACAGGAGGUGAAAAAGUUCAACAUCGGACCCAUGAAAGGAAACGAUAAGAAAGGAGCAAUGACCGUAACUAAAGUGGUGACAGUUGUUAAAACUAAAAAGUUACCUCACGUCCACAAAAAGAAGGGUGAGCUGAUGGAGAACGACCAGGAUGCCAUGGAGUACUCGUCAGAGGAGGAGGAGGUAGACCUGCAGACAGCUUUGACGGGUUUCCAGACCAAACAGAGAAAGGUUCUUGAGCCUGUUGACCACGGGAAGAUCCAAUAUGAGCCGUACCGCAAAAACUUCUAUGUGGAGGUUCCUGAACUGGCCAAGAUGUUACCAGAGGAAGUGAAUACAUUCAGACUAGAACUGGAAGGUAUCACCGUCAAAGGAAAGGGCUGUCCCAAACCCAUCAAGACCUGGGUCCAGUGUGGGGUGUCCAUGAAGAUACUUGCCUCUCUGAAGAAGCAUGCCUACGAGAAGCCCACACCAAUCCAGGCUCAGGCGAUCCCCGCCAUCAUGUCAGGUCGAGACCUCAUUGGCAUCGCUAAGACCGGAAGUGGGAAGACCAUCGCUUUCCUGCUGCCCAUGUUCCGACACAUUAUGGACCAGAGGCCACUGGACGAAUCCGAGGGACCCAUCUCUGUAAUUAUGACUCCGACCAGAGAGUUGGCUCUACAGAUCACAAAGGAGUGCAAGAAGUUCUCCAAAGCGCUGGGACUCAGGGUGGUGUGCGUUUACGGAGGCACGGGAAUCAGCGAACAGAUUGCUGAGCUGAAAAGAGGAGCUGAGAUCAUCGUCUGCACACCAGGAAGAAUGAUCGACAUGUUGGGGGCCAACAGUGGCCGGGUCACCAACCUGCGCAGAGUUACGUACUUAGUGUUGGACGAAGCAGAUCGGAUGUUUGACAUGGGCUUCGAGCCACAGGUGAUGCGUAUUGUGGACAAUGUGCGUCCAGACCGGCAGACAGUCAUGUUCUCAGCCACCUUCCCCAGAGCCAUGGAGGCGCUGGCUCGCAGGAUCCUAUCGAAGCCCAUCGAGGUGCAGGUCGGAGGCCGCAGUGUGGUCUGCUCGGACGUGGAGCAACACGUGCUGGUGAUUGAAGAAGAUAAAAAGUUCCUGAAGCUGCUGGAGAUUUUAGGCCACUACCAGGAGAAGGGAUCUGUCAUCAUCUUUGUGGACAAACAGGAGCACGCAGACGCUCUGCUCAAAGACCUGAUGAAAGCCUCGUACCCCUGCAUGUCUCUGCACGGAGGAAUCGAUCAGUACGACAGAGACAGCAUCAUCAAUGAUUUUAAGAACGGAGCGUGUCGCCUGAUGGUGGCCACCUCUGUGGCAGCCAGAGGUUUGGAUGUCAAGCAGCUGAUCCUGGUGGUCAACUACAACUGUCCCAACCACUAUGAGGACUAUGUCCACAGGGCGGGACGCACAGGCAGAGCAGGCAACAAGGGCUACGCCUACACCUUCAUCACCGAGGAUCAGGCUCGUUACGCUGGAGAUAUCAUCAAGGCCUUGGAGCUGUCCGGGUCUCCUGUCCCUCCAGAACUGGAGCAGCACUGGUCCUCCUUCAAGGACCAGCAAAAGGCGGAGGGUAAAGUUAUUAAGAGCAGCAGUGGGUUCUCUGGUAAAGGCUUUAAGUUUGAUGAGACCGAACAUGCUUUGGCCAACGAGCGAAAGAAGCUGCAGAAAGCUGCACUUGGAUUGCAGGACUCCGAUGAUGAGGACGGAGCGCUGGACAUUGAGGAGCAAAUUGAAAGCAUGUUUAAUUCUAAGAAGAGGGUGAAGGAUCUGUCUGCUCCUGGAGCGGCUGCUGGUGCAGCUGUAGGCGUUGUUCCUACAACGGCUGCAUCCGGAGGGCUUCCGGGCGUCGCCCCGGCGUCUGCUGGGAACAUCCAGAAACUGGAGAUGGCCAAACGGCUGGCUCUCAAGAUUAACGCUCAGAAGAACUUGGGCGCUGAGGCUCAGGACGUGAUGCAGCAAGCCACCAACGCCAUCCUGCGUGGUGGGCCCAUUGUGACGCCGUCCGUGUCGGCCAAGACCAUCGCAGAGCAGCUGGCAGAGAAGAUCAACGCCAAGCUGAACUACACACCGGUGGAGAAGCUGGAGGAGGAGCGGCAAGCGGCCGAACAGGCUGAGACCGUCAAGAGAUAUGAAGAGGAGCUGGAGAUCAACGACUUCCCUCAGACGGCCAGAUGGAAGGUGACAUCUAAAGAGGCUUUGCAGAGGAUUGGUGAAUACUCUGAAGCUGCCAUCACCAUCAGGGGAACUUAUUUCCCUCCUGGCAAAGAGCCCAAGGAGGGAGAGCGCAAGAUCUACCUGGCUAUUGAAAGUGCAAGUGAGCUGGCUGUACAGAAAGCCAAAACAGAGAUUACACGGCUGAUCAAAGAGGAGCUCAUCAGAUUACAAAAUUCCUACCAGCCAACAAGCAAAGGCCGAUACAAAGUGUUGUAGAGGAAGAUUUGUGGCUACAGCGAGGGGUUUCCAUCAAUCAACCUACUCUAUUUGUUGUCGUUUCAAGAGGUUAAUUAAUUUUUUUAGUCUAUAUUGUAAUGUUUCAUUAAUUAUUUUUUGUUCACCCCCCCCCCCCCCCUGUGUUCCAGCCUAUUCAGUGAUUUUCCUGUUCUUACAAAUACCAACAUGUCUGAUUCUACAUGCAUCAUUAAAGCAGCACAAUUCUCCAUUUGGCUAUCUGAGAUAUGCCUUUACAUAUAAAACCGUCUUUCUUUAAUGUGCUAUUUUGGUCAGGUUUAUGUAUAUUCAGCAUAAAAACCAUUGAGAAUCUCA